UGGUUUGUGUGGAGGCUCAGCAGAGAGGUCUGUUUCCCGCUAUCCUGAACCUCGCCAGCAAUGCUGAAAUCACCACGAACGCCACCUGUGGCGACCCGCUUCCCGAGAUGUUCUGUAAACUGGUGGAGCACGUUCCUGGAAGACGAAUCCGUAACCCUCAGUGUCGGAUCUGUGAUGCAAACAGCCAGAAUCCCAAAGAGCAACAUCCCAUUACUAGCGCCAUCGACGGCACCAACCAGUGGUGGCAGAGCCCGAGCAUCAAGAACGGCCGUCAGUUCCACUGGGUCACCGUCACUCUGGACUUACGACAGGUAGGACUCGCUGUCGAACACGCGUGACGCUCGACUCAAGAUAUGAGGACGUGAACAUGUGAACUUCAUCUCCAGAGAUGCUCUGAGAGUCACUUCAUUUUGAGGAAAAGUCCUGUCAAACACGCACUGAAACUCAAAGAUCUUCACCACA